ACAGGUGAAUAAAGGCUUUGGAGCAUUGAGGAGCGAACAUUUGACUGCGUGGGGAGUUAAAAAUCACAUUGAGCCCGAACCUGUGCUUUCUUCAGCUACAAACAAAAUGAAUAUCCCCGUGCUGCUGCAGCAUCCUCCCCGGAGGUUCCUAAAAGGCCUUUUGAGAACACCCUUCCGAUGUUACCACUUCAUCUUUCACUCAAGUAUGGGUCUCGGAUCAGGAAGCCCGGGUACUCGGCCAGUUGAUUCUCUUGGACUCCGUUGUUCAAAGUUGAUGGUGCUGUCAGAUGGUUUAAAGAGACAGUUAUGUGUACAAACAACUUUAAAGGAACAGACAGAAGGACUUUCUGAUAAAGAACAAAGAUUUGUGGAUAAACUUUAUACUGGUUUAAUCCAAGGGCACAGGGCCCGCUUAGCAGAGGCCAUAACUCUUGUAGAAUCAACUCACCACAGGAAAAAAGAGUUAGCCCAGGUGCUUCUUCAGAAAGUGUUGGUCUACCACAGAGAACAAGAAAAAUUAAAUGAAGGAAAACCGAGGGCAUUUCGAGUGGGAUUGUCUGGGCCCCCCGGUGCUGGAAAAUCAACUUUUAUAGAAUAUUUUGGGAAAAUGCUUACUGAGAGAGGGCACAAGUUGUCUGUGCUGGCUGUGGACCCUUCUUCUUGUACCAGUGGUGGAUCACUCCUGGGGGAUAAAACCCGAAUGACCGAGUUAUCCAGAGAUAUGAAUGCAUACAUCAGGCCGUCUCCCACUAGGGGAACUUUAGGAGGUGUGACAAGGACCACAAAUGAAGCCAUUCUGUUGUGUGAAGGAGGGGGAUAUGACAUCAUUCUCAUCGAAACUGUAGGUGUGGGUCAGUCAGAGUUUGCUGUUGCUGAUAUGGUUGACAUGUUUGUUUUACUACUGCCACCAGCAGGAGGGGAUGAAUUGCAGGGUAUCAAAAGAGGUAUAAUUGAGAUGGCAGACCUGGUAGCGAUAACUAAGUCCGACGGAGACCUGGUCGUGCCAGCUCGGAGGAUACAGGCAGAGUAUGUGAGUGCCCUGAAAUUGCUCCGCAGGCGCUCGGAAGUCUGGAGGCCCCAGGUAGUUCGUAUUUCCUCCAGAAGUGGCGAGGGCAUCACCGAGAUGUGGGAUAAAAUGAGAGAGUUCCAGGACCUCAUGCUGGCCAGCGGCGAGCUGACGGCCAAACGGCAGAAGCAGCAGAAAAUCUGGAUGUGGAAUCUCAUUCAGGAAAGUGUGUUGGAGCAUUUCCGGACCCACCCCACCGUCCGGGGACAGAUCCCUCUCCUGGAAAGAAAGGUUCUCAGUGGGGCCCUCUCCCCAGGACUAGCAGCAGACUUGUUGUUGAAAGCUUUUAAAGCCGAGACUAAAGAGCUAUAGCCUGUACAAUAAUUUUACAUGUCGUUUCAUAAAGUAUUUAAAUAUUAAAAGUUACUCGAAUGCUUAUAUUUUCAGUAAUUUUUUUGUGGUGGCUUUGGCCUCCUUAUUUGUGAACCGGGCUUGAA